AUGUCUUCAGGAACUGCAAAAAUUGGGCACCCUGCCCCCAACUUCAAAGCUACAGCUGUUAUGCCUCAUGGUCAGUUUAAAGAUAUCAACCUGACUGACUACAAAGGAAAAUACAUAGUGUUCUUUUUUUACCCUCUUGACUGCACCUUCGUGUGCCCUACGGAGAUCAUUGCUUUCAGUGACAGGGCAGAAGAAUUUAAGAAACUCAACUGCCAAGUGAUUGGUGCUUCUGUGGAUUCUCACUUCUGCCAUCUGGCUUGGAUCAACACACCCAAGAAAGAAGGAGGCCUAGGGCCUAUGAACAUUCCUUUGGUAUCAGACCCCAAGCGCACCAUUGAUCAGGACUAUGGGGUCUUAAAGGUGGAUGACGGCAUCUCGUUUAGGGGCCUCUUCAUCAUCGAUGAUCAAGGAAUCCUUAGGCAGAUCACUGUAAAUGACCUCCCUGUUGGCCGCUCUGUGGAUGAGACCCUAAGACUGGUUCAGGCCUUCCAGCUCACGGAUGAACAUGGAGAAGUGUGUCCAGCUGGUUGGAAGCCUGGCAGUGAUACUAUCAAGCCUGAUAUCCAGAAGAGCAGAGAGUAUUUCACCAAGCAGAAGUGA